AUGUCCCACAAAUUAACAAUCCUGCCAUUUCUGAUUAAGUUCACGCCCAAGUUUCCACAAUCCAUUGAUCACGACGAGCAUGGUCUAAACGUUUAUGCCUUUGAUCUGGACCAUACAAUUAUCAAACCAAAGUCCCCCAAUAUAAGUUUUAGUAGAAGCGCAAGUGAUUGGCAGUUUAUUAAUUUUAACUCCAAGAAAUCCACCCUGGAUUACCUGUGUAAUAUCAUUGAUAAUGAUCCCACGGCCGUCAUAGUCAUAUUUUCUAACCAAGGUGGUGUCAUCACCGUCCCAAGAACUUCUAAAAGUUGCACCAAGUACACUAAUAAAAUUUUGCUAUUUUUAAAGGCAAUCAAAAACGAUGAGAGAGGAGAAACGUUAUCACACAGGUUAUGGCUAUAUGCAGCACCUAAAAGGCCGAAAACUUUUGCAGCAAAUCAUAGUAAGAUCACAUUCGCAAGCUUAGGUGAAAGUUAUAACAAUGAUCCUAACAUAUUCGAAAAAGUUCGAAAACCAAUGACAGGAAUGGUAGAGUUUUUUAAAAGGGACCUGGAAAGUGCAUACAGGGUUUCAGAACAAAUUUCUCCCAUCAAGUUGAAUUGGAUAUAUUAUUGCGGUGACGCUGCUGGGAGGAAAAAGGACUUCAGUGAUUCUGACAUAAAGUUUGCUGAAAACUUGCACGUUGAAUUCAAGUACCCUGAGGAAAUAUUUCACGGGUAG